UCACCCGUCCGCGAAUGGCAGAUGUAAUUUGUCCUCUCAGAUAGCCCGUGUCGUUUUAUGAGGCUGACCUACGAGGAGAUCGGCGCUGAACACUUGGGUUUCCCUGGAGAUGUGCAAUUAGUAUCUUCUUUGAAGUUGGAUUUCUCGGUACUAAAUCUCUUUUGUUGGCAACAGUUUGAAAAAAAAAUUAGGUCAUGAAGACAUCAGGUUCCAUCCUUAGCCGUAUACUGCUGGCUCUUUGCUGUCUGGGUGUUGGCGCCCAGUUCAACAGACGACAAUACGCGGUCGGCGCACCUGUAUCAGGCUCCCAGCUCAAUGCUGCCAGAUACCAACAGAGGUUUUCGCGGCCAUUUCUGGACGAUAUAAGUCGUCUGCGCCUGGCCAGUCUACCGGCUUCACAGCUUGUUCCUAGUUUACAGCAAUCUAUCAAAUCUGACACAGGCGACAACGUGCAAGAUUUGAGCGCCGCUCGUCUGCAACGGCAGAGACAGAAGUCACUUCUGGAGCAGCAACAGCAGAUACAGCUCCAGCUGCGGCAGCUGCAAGACCCGGCUCCUUCAAACCUCGAGCAGCCGACGGUCAAUGCACAACGCAGACAGUCACAGCUGCGCCAGCUGCAAGACACGCUAGAGGAACCGCUGACUCAACGCAGACCGUCUGAUCUACGUCAGCUUCGAGAUCCGAACCUUUCAAUGCUAGAGGAUCCACUAAAACAGCCACAGCGUAGACCAUCUCAGAUGCGACAGUUUCGAGAUCCGAACCUCUCAAUGAUAGACGAUCAAAUGCCACAGUCACAACGUAGGCCGUCUCAGUCUAGACAGCUUCAAGAUCCGAACCUUGACGACCCUCUGGUACAAAGUCCACGCAGACAGACCCAACCAAGACAACGCAUGUCUCAACAACAGCAGAUAAAAGAUCAGCGGUACCCCCAGGACGGGCGGUACCCCCAGGACGGGCAGUACCCCCAGGACGGGCAGUACCCCUCACAGUUCGACCAACAGCCCUACGACCAGCCAUCUCGGCGUGACCCGUACGACAUCCAACAGUCCAGACCACGCCCACAGACGAGGGACUACCCACAACAAGGCCAAUACUUUGACCCGCCACGCUCCGAAAGACGCCCAUCCCCCUCACAGACCGCCUAUGACAUGAACGCCAACUCGGUUCAAUCCAACUCGGGGGGUUUUGGCCUGCAAGAUCAGUCCUACGGCCGAGGGCAGUACAUGAACGAACCAUCUUUUUCACAAGCUGCUGGCUAUGCUCGCGAGAACUUCCUCGCUGGCGGCCCACCCGAGAGCUAUCUCACAGGAGGGCCAUCUGAUGCACUUCUCAGCCGACACCCUCAAGACGCGAUGUUCAGCAGAGGUGCGUCUGAUGCAGCUUACGGCCGUAGUUCUGCUGAUGCAGCAAGUAGCAGAGUAUCUGUCGAUGCAGGUUCGCCACGAAGCUUCUCCGAUUCCAGUCUUACCAGAGCUGAUCUUGUUCUAACCAGAACCCCGCCAGCUACGUCACAAGGCGCGUCAUCCAUGUCUUUGUCAGCUUUUGAAUCUCCUGCACAGGGGAGUGUGUUGACCUCUGAACCUCUUCUUGCGCAGCACCCAGCGAUGGGUCCCAGCCAGACGGUACAAGAUUAUCAAGCAACAUCCGGGAACCAGGCACAAGUAGGUCAGCAGCUGUCCGCUAGCCAGCAGCCUGCUCCUAUGUCUACAGCUCCCGUGGCCUCGACAGCAGGUGUGUCUGUAGGACAGCCGAGCCAAGGGCAGAUUACAAUGGCGGCAAGUGGCACAGCUCAAGUUGGCUUACAAAACGGCGUUUUAUCUGGCCACCAAGACGUGAUGGCAGGCCAGAUGGGACAGGCAGGAGGAAUGGCUGGAUAUAUGGACCAGCAUUAUAGCAUGGGAGGGAUGGGAGGCACUGGCAUGAUGGGAGGCACUGGCAUGAUGGGAGGCACUCAAGGCAUGGGAGGCACUCAAGGCAUGGGAGGAGCAGGCAUGAUGGGUGGAAUGCAAGGCAUGGGAAAUGCUGGGAUGAUGGGAGGCAUGCAGAACAUGGGCUAUGGCAAUCCAACUGCAACAAGCCAACCUGCCACAGUUUAAUCCUAAAUAAGCAGCGUCAUUUCCCCCACCAUCAAGCUUUAAUCUGACAGAUGACGUAAUCAUCGUUUGGUCUGCCUCGACUGAAAUCGCCUUAACGCGAAGAAAUACCAACAAACCAACGCUUGCUAUCUGCCAUCACUAGCUACUAGAUCUAGUUUUCAUCGUAUCCAAACUCUGUUUACAACAAUAUAUUACUGGCCAGAUUUUUAACAGUUCAAUUCUAUAGUUUAAAAACAAACACUUAUUUACGUGCAAAACGUUAAAUUAUAUUUUUCCCCACAUUUUUUUUAUCUUAACACUAUCUAAAAAUUAAAUAUUAUUAAAGUUAAA